UCAAGAUGGCGACUGCCGAUUAAUGGAGGAAGUAUAGACUUUUAAAUGAAUUUUGGUCGACGUUUGCUCAAUAUUAUGACCUAAUACAUGGAAAUAUAUUAAUCGCAACUUUCAACCCUUAGUGUGUAAUGUAAAAAUGUGGAUUAAUGGUGGCAUACCUGAAAGUAAAGGCGAGAAUUAGGGCGAGUCAGCCGCGCGCUCGUUCGCAGAAUGGGUGCUCAGGCAUCAAAAGAAGUGCGAACGAACACUAGUAAACCUAAAGGAAAGACAAAAGAAGCCCGUGUUCCAUCAGUAAAUAUAUUUACUGAACACAAUGGAAGCCUUUUUUCCUUUUCAGAAGCCUUACUCCAGAAUCGUCCACUUCCUGAUGCCCCUUUAGAUCCAACAUCAAAAUGGAUGUCAAAGGAAAAUCUUUUAGCUGGUCAAGAAGAAGAUCCAAACUUGUUUGUGGCUUUGUAUGAUUUCCAGGCAGGGGGAGAUAACCAGAUCUGCAUUGUUAAAGGUGAACAAGUGACCAUAUUAGGAUAUAAUAAAGGUGGCGAAUGGUGUGAAGUUAAAAACAAAGCUGCAGACGUAGGUUGGGUUCCUAGUAAUUAUAUCGCUCCCGUCAACAGUUUAGAAAAAUUUUCUUGGUAUCAUGGUCAGAUAUCACGUAACGCCUCAGAAUAUCUUCUCAGCAGUGGUAUAAAUGGCAGUUUCUUGGUGAGAGAAAGUGAAAGUAGUCCAGGUCAGAGAUCAAUAUCAGUGAGAUACGAUGGACGAGUAUAUCACUACCGAAUUAGCGAAGAUUCUGAUUUAAAGGUUUAUGUGACAUCUGAACAUAGAUUUAAUACAUUAGCAGAAUUAGUACAUCAUCACUCCAUCCAUUCUGAUGGCCUAGUCACCACAUUACUGUAUCCAGCACCAAAACGUAAUAAACCCACUGUCUUUGGUUUUAGUCCUGAACCAGACAAGUGGGAAAUAGAGAGAACUGAAAUAGCUAUGAAACAUCGACUUGGUGGUGGACAGUAUGGUGACGUAUAUGAAGCAAUAUGGAAAAGAUAUAACAAGACAGUAGCUGUUAAAACUUUAAAGGAAGAUACUAUGGCCUUAAAAGAUUUCCUAGAAGAAGCCUGUAUUAUGAAGGAAAUCAAACAUCCAAAUUUAGUACAAUUACUAGGUGUUUGUACUCGGGAGCCUCCAUUUUAUAUUAUAACAGAAUUUAUGACCCAGGGUAAUUUAUUAGAUUUUUUACGUACUAAUAAUAAAGAAGAUUUAGGACCAACAGUUUUAAUGUACAUGGCUACCCAGAUAGCAUCUGGUAUGGCACAUCUAGAAGAAAGUUUAUUUAUUCAUAGAGACUUAGCUGCUCGUAAUUGUUUGGUUGGAGAAAAUCAUCUGGUAAAAGUGGCUGAUUUUGGGUUAGCGCGUUUGAUGAAAGAUGAUACAUACACAGCUCAUGCUGGUGCUAAAUUUCCUAUUAAAUGGACAGCACCUGAGGGUCUGGCAUUUAAUCGUUUUUCUACUAAAUCAGAUGUAUGGGCAUUUGGUGUAUUAUUAUGGGAAUUGGCUACAUAUGGUAUGUCUCCAUAUCCCGGUGUGGAUCUAACAGAGGUUUAUCAUCUAUUAGAAAGAGGCUACAGAAUGGAACGACCAGCCGGUUGUCCAGCUCAUGUUUAUCAACUAAUGCUCAAGUGCUGGCAAUGGGAACCGAAAGAUAGACCAACAUUUAAGGAAAUACAUUAUCUAUUAGAAAAUAUGUUUGACAUGUCCAGUAUUAGCGAAGAAGUGGAAAAAGAACUAGAGAAAAACGAUAAAAAGAAAGUACCAGGUCUUCCGUCCAAGAAAUCUCGUGCCCAGACUAUUGAAAAUUCAGAUUUUAUGGAGGGAAGAAGCAGUGCAGGACCCACUCCACCAUCAGGUAGACGUGUUCUGCCUCCACUUGAUGAUACAGAUGUUAUGUUACGUCAGGCAUCUGAUGCCUUGAGUCGUAAAACAUCUAAGAAAAAGGCAGGUCCAGCUCCAACCCCACCCAGAAGAACAACAUCGUAUCGAGAUAGUCCUAGUGAACAACCUGAUUUAGAUUCUGAACUAAAAUCACGAAUGAAGCUUCAGAAAGCAAAAUUAGAAAGUGUAACAGUUGUUGAGGAUAUGGAGGAUCCAGAUGGUCUCGAUAAUUUAUCAGCUGUUGAUCCAGCAUCUAGAACUGCUAAGAUUACUUCGCGCUCAAAACAUGAAAGUGGCUCACCUAAAUUUCAACCGCGAGAUGCCUAUCCAUCACCUGAUGACAGUGGAACAGGAAAAUCAAGCUCAGAUAUUUUAAAAAUGGCUCAGAUAGAUAAAUCAAAAUACCUUAUUUCUGAACAAAAUGCACGAAAUUUUGAACCAGGAACAACAGAGAGGAGUAGUGGCAGACAACGUAUCCUGCAUCGUAGUGCUAGUCAUGAUCAGAAAAAAGUGCGGCCCGAAAAAGAGACGAGCACAAGUGAAGAAAGCGCAGAAGCUGGACAACAUCAUGCUCAAACAGGUGGACAAUAUCCUAAAAAGGCAAUUCCCUUACCGCAACAUUCACAGUCGGUUCGUAAAAAAAGUACGCCUCACCGUCCAGAUGUCCAACAUAUGAACUGGACUGCCGAGGAUGGAGAUAAGAGAAAUGGUAGUGGUCAGCAACUUAAAUUAGGUAAACUCGAUGUAACAAAUGUAACAAAAGCGAUUAAUCGUUAUGGACCCAUUCCAAAAGGUGUUCGAAUAGGAGCUUAUUUAGCUUCUAUGGAAAAUGAACAAAAUAACCACAAUCGUGAAUUAUCAACAAUAGAUGAUCAAGAUUCUGGAACCGAUACAGCUAGUGUGAUAUCAUGUCCUCAAUUAAAAGAAAAUGGUAAAGUUUAUGCUAAAGGGGGACGAGGAUUAGGUGGGGGUCAGGCUAAUGCUGAUGGUGAACAGGGGAUAAAACAAACCCCCAAUUUAAAGCCAUCGGCUGUUGUCAAAUCACAAUCUUCACAUAUAAUAGUAGAAAGUCCUAGCACAAAUGCGAAACCACAGUAUUCUAGCUUACUUCAACGCCAUAAAUCAGAUCUGACGUCCAAGAAAGGUAACAAUUUGUCUGGAAGUAAAACGGAUCUCACUUCACAUAAAUCAGAAACAGAUCUGACGAAUACGGGCGAAGAUCAGUCGCCCAAUAGGGCAGACACACCGGUACAAAAGCCAAAACCCAGUCCCAGAUUUAGUAGAAUUUUUGCUGAUGUACAAGAUCAAAUGUCGGCCAGUGUUAACUUUGGAUCACCUCAGGAUAAUGGAGGGUCAUUCCGAGGUAUUCAUCAAAAGCAAGACUCUGACCCUGGACCUCCUCCAGGUGAAGCUUCUUGGGGUCCAAAUACCUUUCAUGUCGGUGAUAGUGCCAAGAUUUCAAGAACAGCUUUCCAUUUGAAAGCUAAGUCAGCCGACGACAGUCUUAGUGGUGGUGGUGAGGUAGAUCCCACAUUGGAUAGACAGAGGAAGGACAGUACUCAAAUCCAACCAGAAGAUCAAACAAGCAAAGUUUCUUCAUUUAAACCUUUUAAUAAAACAAAUACUGUUAAAGAGACCAACUUGGAUCAAGUGACCGCGGAAUUAUUAGCUGGAAAUAAUGCAAACCAGGAUAAACAAAAAGAUGAGACCAUUUACAAACCUGUGUUUCCUUCUUUAAAACCUGUUGGAGGUAAAUCUCCGGAUCCUAUGACAACUUCCGUCAUCGAAUUAUCCCAAAAUCUUGAUCCAGUAUCUUCGGAUUCGGACGCUCCAGCUGUUUCUAAAGAUGCUAUUUUGAAUGCAUCAGACAAACUUAAAUCGUGUAUUGAUAAACUGGCUUUAGUAGGGAACAAAUCUAGCACAAAUUUCAUGUUGUUGUCUGAGGAAGUGCAAGGAUUUUACAACCUGUGUUCUCAAUAUAUAGACUCGUUACCACCACACGCAAAGUUUCACACACGAGAACUCUUGUCUCGAUUACAAUCCCAUAGUCAGAAUUUAAAAACAUACACUAGUAAUACUCCAUCGGGAGGUGGUCGCCUUCUAACAGACAUUCAAAGCACUAAUAAAGAAAUAAUGACCGUUAUAGAGAGGUGCUAAUUAGGUGUCUUUGAAUGAAUGGAUGAUAGAAAUAAUAAUUUAAAAAAUAAUAUAAUGUGACAUGGAUAAAAGUGAUUACCUAUUAGGGUUAAUUUUAUUUGUAUAACCUAGUAUUUAUAAACGGUGAAUAUUGGCGAUCGUUGAUUUAGGCAUUUGUGUACAUCAAUAACUUUGUAUUAUUUCAUUUUAUGGUUGUUGAAAGAAACUAGUAAGAUUAUUGCCGGAUUUUAUUUAUUGAUAUUGAUUAGAUUAUUUCUCAAAACUUAAAAGCAAAAGAUCAGUAAUAAUAAAUUGUGUUAGAUGAAUGAUUUUCGAAUUUGUAAAAUUGUCAGUGUUUUGGAUCACUAGUUAAUGUGGCUAAAAUUGUGUGAAGACAGUUUUUUGCGACCAUUUGCAACCUCAUUGUACAAUAAACCUUUUUUCAAUGGCUUUGGACAAAAAAAAAAAUGGAUUUACUCAUCUGUGUGUAGAUGUAUUGGAUAAUGUGAAAAGGAUCAAUCACUGAUGUUUUUGCGUGUGACAAAAUGAUAUUUAAACGCUAGCAUGUUUUGCUUCAAAUUAUAUAUUUUUUCUAAGUUUUUGUUAAAUUAUUACAUAAUUUGUAUUCAAUGUUAUUGCAACUUUCAUGUUACUCAUCCGAAAUACAUACGUACAUGAUCAGAUUAUUAAUCAAGGUUUAGAUUGUAUCAAUGUCUUAAUGCCAUCAGAUUAACAUAAUGGUUUCAAGCUUUGGACUUUCAUAUUACACAUUAUUUUGCUAUUUUUGCAAUUUUUACUUCAAAAAUAUGAACAUUAUAACAUGCUUGUAUAAAUACAGGAUUAUUAUGGUUUUGUUAGACCAAAUCGCCAAAAGCAGGAAAGCUCGACACACGUUUCUUGAUAGAUAUUUGUAGAUGAACAGUAUUUAAAUAAUUGUUUAAAACAGUUAUAUUCAAUCUUGUUAGAUUCUCAGCUAUUUUCUUUUUGUGUAAUGUUUGUACAUGUAGAUAGUCCAAAAUAUAGAAUUGCUCAGAAUUCAAUCAAUUUGAAAUGUUAAGGUCACAGUUGAAGUGAUGAAGAUAUGAAAGUAGUAUAACAGUGUACUAUUCUGCCUUGUUUAUAGACUUAUUUUAAUGGUGAACUUUUGUACAUUCAGUUGUGUUUUAACUUGUAUUUUAAAGCUAUGAUAGUAUUUACCAAGCUCUUGUAUAUUGUAUAUAGAAAACUGGUUAUAUUCUACGUAUUAGAUGAAAGAAGUACAAAUGGAACAAAAUGCUUUAUAUUUUUUAGCCCAAUCACUCAUAUACAUAUAGAUGUGUUAUAUAGAAGUAUCUUAUAUAAAUAUAUAGAAAAAUUUUCCUACAUUUUUAUAAGCCAUUUGUUUGUUCACCUUUAAGAAUUAUCAACUGACUCAAGAAUGUCAUAUUUUUCUCAUACAUGGGCUUUAUGAUAAAAGCGUAAAACAAACGGCUAAAUAAUAUUAAUAGCCUACAUUGAAUCCCUUUAAUUCAGACUUUUUUGCAGAAGGCAAAAAGUUUAGUCUUCAACUUUUUCAUUUGUACUUGGUUGACAGACAAAAAAAAAUUACCAAAGUCUAAUGAAAUGCAUUACAUGUAUCAUUUAUAUUACUGUGUUUUGCCUUGGUCCUUCUUUGAACUGCAAACAAUUUAUACCAAUUAUUACAAACAUGGCUUAUAGAUUUAUACAAGUGAUGCUUUCCUUUCUUGCUACACUACAGGGUUUUAUUAUUCUUUCAACAAGUUCCUUUAUAUAUUAUAUCUUUAUUUUUCAUCAAUUGUUUCCUAUAUGUUAUUCUAAUUUGACAUUUAUAGAUUUACUCAUUUCACAUUAAGAGUUAGCUUCAUUAUUUUCACAUAAAUGUACAUGUUUGUCAACUAAGUUCUAAGAAGGUCUAAUUAAUCUGCAUCCAUUCAAUGAGGGGAUAACUUCUGUUUUCAAAACAUGCAACUACACCAUUCAUGAAUUUGAUUUUAUGUGCAUCUAACACAAAAUUAUCAAAAUGCAAACUAUCUUAUUUUGAAAUGUUGAUUGUCUUGAUAUCUGAUUUGGGUAGAGCACUAGGUUGCGUUAAAUAUUCUAAUAAUCAAGUAUUGUGAAUUUGUCUCUUGGAACUGGCUAAUAAGGUUGUAAAUUUACUGUCAAAUUUAUUCAUUUCUGCUCAAGUAUUUGUUUUCAGUAUUGUAAGUAUUAUGCACCCACAAUUAUAUAAGUACCAUUGUAGAAAUAUACAUUUUAUUUAAUCAGAAUUUUAUUUUGUGUUUACUUAUAUUAUGUAAUUAGGUAAUGGCAUUUAAUUAAACUAAUCAUUUAUUUCAUUUCUGAAUGAGCGUAGAUCUAAGAGCCAUUCUUCAUUUUU